AGACGUAGACUGGAAAUUCUGAAAUUCUACAAUGCUGAUAGUACACCCGACUCUGUUCUCGACGACGAUGAACGAUUUUGACUGGUGGCGGUAUGCUGUGAAGAUGGACGGUGGAACACGAUCGGCGGGAACGGCAUGUGCGGAAGUUUGCGGUGGGAAGGGUUUGCCGUGUAGGGAGGUCACCGUCGGUCUCGACUGGCCUCACACCUCCUCAGCUCCCUCUCUAACACAUUUCCUGUAUGCACUGAACAGUCGAGUUCAGUGGCUGCCCAUAGGCCAUGAUCAUCCUUGACAACGAUGCCGAGCAGCUCCCGAAACUUGCAAGUCCAACCCCAGCUUAUUCCCCUCCUGUCAACCGUUGCUCCACCCCCACUUCCUCUCUUCCUGACUACGACGCUUCCGAGGCGUUGCACCACGAAAUCGUAAAACCUCGUCGGAAACAUAUCUCGCGGUGUUGGAGGGUUGUCAUAUGCAUCGUUUUUGUGUAUUGCUUUUUAACACUUGCGAUUGGUGUACCCCUGUUGGUUGUUAAAUUGAAGUCUCGCGAUCCGGAACCUGCACCCCCACCUUCAGUGUGGAGUCCUCAACAAGCCAACGUGAUUGCUAUUCCGGGCCAAGAGCUCGCUGAUAAUCCCCCUGCCUUUGAAGAUGAGGACGAUUGUGAUAGAUGGACGGUCAUGGAUCGUAUGCAUGGAAAGAUGGUAUAUUCAUGUUUGAACUAUAGCAUUCCCUUGAGCGGUGAUAUUUUCAUUGGCUCAAACGGCUCUUUCAAGGCGGAUGGGCCCUACUCCUCAAUAUCCGGUACUUUAUACGUCGAUAUCAAUGAAGACCCUUCUGUGGACGACAUGCACUUCACCCUCUCAAUGAUAUACACGCAUACCCUUAUUCGGGAGAGGACACAUGUGUGUCGAACAAACACUAUGGAUAACAGCGGCGUGUACAUCUAUGUACCGGAUGACCUUGAUUCCGAUGACGGUCUUGAUUUCGAUGUUACAUUGAAACUUCCCCAACCCCGUGCUGGGUUGAAUUACACUAGCUUCGCAACAAUGCUACCCCUUUUCUAUCAGCAUUAUGCUGAUAUUUCCCCUCGAAUAAAGUUUAAGCAAGUAUUCCUUGGAGGUCCCAAGUCAACUGUGUUUGCCGACUCAUUUGCUGCUGAUAAUCUUGCUGUAAUGACUUCACCUGGAAAUAUCAGUGGUUCAUUCCAAGCGUCAUACCAGUUGAUUAUGGAAACAAUGUCGGCCCCGAUAUCAGUAAACGUCACCAUGAGCACAAGUGGUGACUGGGCUCAACCAAUAGUUCGGCUCAACACGGGCGACAGCCCGUUAAGUGCGCAUGUAACCCUCGUUCCCCGAAAAGGCCGCAAGAAUCAAAAAUUCCCGACAUACUACCUGGACGUCAACACAUUUAGCUCACCUCUAUACCUGUCAGUAUCGCAGUCACCACCCUCAUCGGAGGCUCUCCCAGUCUUCGUCCAUGCCGGCAACAACCUAGGAGAAGUCACCGUGAAGAUGGAUAACCACUACCAGGGCACGUUCAUCGCACAAACGGAAUACGCCAGAACGGUAGUUCUCGAUACUUGUUCCAACUGCGACACAGAAGACAUGAGCUCCAAUUCGACUUUCGUGAAGACCUUGCCGGACUCGAUAGAGGAUGGUUUCGGACGGACGUUGUACUACGAUUCUCUUGCUGAUUCUUCUGUGAGUGGAUGGGUAGGCAAGGGUAGUAGACCAAGUACGAUUACUACUUCUGGCUCCCCUGGAUGUAUCGAGGUGAUGUCCGUACUCAGUCCUGUAACAUUGGAACUUGGACAGUCAUCGUCAUAACCUUCAUACCCCCCAUUUUGCCUCUUCCCUUGACGGCUUGAUGUAUUGCAUGUAAUAUUUUGUUUUGGAGUGCUUUUGCUUACGCAUUCCUUUCCAUCUUACUCAUGGGACGUUCAUAUCAUUAUGUAUCGGUAUCUUACUGUAGUUUUAGAUUACACUCUUUCGGAAUCGCUAUCGAAUCAUGCAAGGUCCGUUGGACUUCUAUC